AUGUCUCUCCAACCCUACAUCAAUAAGAAAGUCCUCAUCCUGACUGUGGAUGGUCGAACACUACUUGGAAAUCUCCUCUCCACUGAUCAACUUACGAACCUCGUUCUCACUGAUACCGUCGAGCGCAUUAUUCGCACCCCCGAGGAUGAUGAGCCCUCAUCACAAAUCGAGCACGGCCUCUAUUUGAUUCGAGGCGAUAAUGUGGUAGCAUGUGGUGAAGUGGACGAGAAGAUUGAUGCCGAUAUUGACUGGACUAAAGUGAAGGGCGAGGUGAUUCGGGACACGAAAAAUGCAUGA